CUUCUUUGAACAUAAACAAACUGGGGCAGACGGCAAACUUGAAAUUAGAGAAAGUAAAUUUUUGCGUUGCUGAGCAAGGUCUUGGCCUCUUGUUGUCGUUAGAAAGAGUGCAAUCGUUCCAUAUUUUUGGUUAAAAUCACGGUUGUUUAUUAUACUAAUUUGCAUGUUGGUAAAUCUCUGCGAGCAUUACUUUGAAGAGAAAAUCGGAAGAGUGUGAACGUACCCUCUGGAUAUUUUUGUUGGAAAUGAAGAAUAACUAUUUUUCUGGACUGAUUUAAACUGUCAUCAUGAGUAAAAGUUUUCUCGCUAAAUGUGCCUGGCUAUUGGUAGCAUUUUUCCUGCUAACAUUUGAUGUCAUCGAAGCUGCCAAGAAGAAAGAUUACUACGAAGUCCUUGGUGUUAAGAAAAAUGCAUCCGAGCGAGAGAUAAAAAAGGCUUUUAGGAAAUUGGCCUUAAAAUACCAUCCCGACAAGAGCAAAGCUAAAAACGCAAAUGAGAAAUUCCAAGAAAUUACCCAAGCCUACAAUGUUUUGUCUGAUUCGGAAAAAAGAAAGAAAUAUGAUUUGAUCGGGGAUGAAGACUACCCAAAACCAGGAGGAGGCCAACAGUACCAGGGUGGAAACUUCCACUUCAACUUCGAUGACAUUUUCACCCAUUUCGACCACCACUUUGCUUCUCACCAGCAUUUCCACCAUCAGCCUGGCGGUGGAUUUGAUAGUCAUUUUAAGUUCGAUGAUGUCUUUGAAGAGCCUGAUAUCCAACAUUUCCAUGGAAACGAUCAUUUCGCCUUCGACGCCCAAACUUUCGGAGAUGGCGCCUCUUUCUUUGGAUCCCACUUUGCAAACCACAAACAGCAGUUUGAGAACCAUCAGCAGAUUCACCGCAGGGCCCACGCUCAAGCAACUGCCCAAAGUCGAGGUAACGGCGAUCACCACUUUGCUAGUCAUGCAUCUGUUCACAAUUCUGGAGGAAGUGGACAGUCCUGUCGAACAGUCACCCACAGAGUUGGAAACACGGUGACCCAGUACACUGAGUGCUCAUAAGAAAAUUUUUUCCAUGCACUUUUGUUUUCACAAAUAAUUUGUUUCACCCGGCCCAGUCGCCAGAAUUUUUAUCGAGUUGAAUCUACGAACACAAAAAUACUUAACUUGUGAUAGUUGAUGUAUUAUUUCCUAAUGUGUAUAAUCACACUCCUCAGCAUUUUUGUUGAAUUGUUUGUCCGUGUUUAAACAGAAUGAUACGAUUUUUCAGUUUUUCGAUGAUCCAAUUUUUUUUGCUUUCAAUUAUAUGAUGGUUUUUAAUUAUACUAAAAGGUAAAGAAUGUUAACUUUUACAAAACAAAAAAAUAAUAGUUAUGAUUUCUGCACACUGAAAUAUAAAUUACCACAUAC